AUGGAGGGUGGCCAGACCACGACCAACACCGCCCCCGCUGGUAACUCCAGCGAUUUUGUGCGGAAACUGUACAAAAUGUUGGAAGACCCUUCGUACUCGGAAAUCGUUCGCUGGGGCGACGAAGGGGAUAGUUUCGUUGUUCUCGAGUGCGAGAAAUUCACCAAGACCAUCCUUCCCAAACACUUCAAACACAGCAACUUUGCCAGUUUUGUGCGGCAGUUGAAUAAAUACGACUUCCAUAAGGUCCGACAAAACAACGAAGAAAAUGGACAAUCGCCUUAUGGACAAAACGCAUGGGAGUUCAAACACCCGGAAUUCAGAGCGAACAGCAAGGAAUCACUUGAUAAUAUCCGACGAAAGGCGCCGGCGCCUCGAAAGCAGACUCAGAACACCGACGAAUCAGUUCCCACACAACAGAUCGAUCUUCUGAACCAGCAGAUCGUAGCGCAGCAGCAGCAGAUCCAGCACCUUUCCGAUAGAUACGCGCAGUUGACUGUUGAUCAUCAGCUCAUGUUGCAGGAGCUGAUGAGAGUUCAGAAGACAGUUCUGAACCAUGAAAAUGUCAUUCACCAGGUGAUGAAUUAUUUGCUAUCAGUAGAUGCUCGCCAAAGGCGCGAUAACAAAACGGCAGCAACCUUCCAAGCUCAAGGGCAAGGCGGUUCAAACGUGAAUGGGGGACAGGUAGACGAUGUGCCUUCCUCUCCCUUGCAGCAUGCAUCGAAGCUACUGAGUAACAUGAACGCCGAGGUCCAAUUCAAUUUGGCUGGCAUUGAGUCGGUGGGCGAACCCUCGAAAUCCGCCCCUGUUGUUUCCACCCCUGCACUAGAGGCUGGGCCGCGAAAUGGGGUAGUGCGCCCGCCUACAGCGGCAGGUGCAAAUCCCACCAACCUUUUAUAUCAAAAGAUGAACAGCGACAUUGAGCCAGUUGUCUAUCCUGUUGGUGCUACCAAUGGAAUUGAUCCAAUGUACAGUGAGCAUGUGAACAAUUUGCCGUAUCCUAUGCCUCCAAAACAGGAAGUGGACGACACUCGCCGACAAGUUCCCGACAAUCGAAAGAAGAGCACAAAUGUCGAUCCUGGAUGGGUACGCAGCCCACACAUUCUACUGGUGGAAGAUGAUGCAACAUGUCGCCAAAUUGGUGGUAAAUUUCUCUAUUCUUUUUCUUGUGUUAUUGACACUGCGUUUGACGGACUGGAAGCGGUGAACAAGAUUCAGGAUGGAUCGAAAUACGAUCUGAUUCUGAUGGAUAUCAUCAUGCCAAAUCUUGAUGGGGUUUCUGCAUGUCACCUUAUCCGCCAAUUUGACCGAACUCCUAUCAUCGCUAUGACCUCCAACAUUAGAAGCGAUGAUAUUCAGCUCUACUUCCAACAUGGCAUGGACGAUGUGCUACCGAAGCCUUUCACACGGAAGAGCCUCUUGGACAUGCUUGAGAAGCAUUUGGUUCAUUUGAAGACCAUUCCGCAAGGCAUGGAGACUUCGCAACCCACGGCAACAGUCGCAAUGGCUGCUCAAACUUCGGCAACCCACUCUGUCAAGGAAGACAGCUCCCCUGGCCAAUCACCAGCCACGUCAAUGAAUAAUUGGCAGUCUCCUGGCCAGUUCCAAGGCCUCCUUCAACAUGUUCAACCCCAAUAUGUCCCUGCGACCGCGGCCCCAGCCGCCUACGCCGUGGACCAGAAUGGAGUGCAAUACCCGGCGCCUCCAGUGGCACUCACUGCCGCUGCUGCGGCUGCGCGGCCGCCUCAUCGACGGCAGAUAUCCGAACUGUCUAGCGCCGCGGAUAAUUCAAAUUUUGCGAAGCGACCGCGCAUGUACGCUCAACCAUCACAGCCGAUGGUCAACCCGGCUCAGGCUACCCGAACUGGCUAA